ACCUAAAUCCUAAAUCCUAAUAUAGUGCAUCAAGUAUGUUAAAUAUGUUAUUUGAUGAAUUAGAGCCGUCGAUCAUUAGUUCUAAAUUAAUUGAUCUUAGAGUAUAGGAUUUCCAGAUCUUGUGACCUAGAUUUUACUCAUAUGGUUUCAGCAAUAAUAUCAUGUUCAAAACUCCACAAUGGAUGGUGCGGUGGUCAUAAUUAGAGAGUUUGGUAUAGUGUUAAUAGGCAGAUAAUUAAAUUCUUGAUCUACUUAGUUGCCCUAAACACUUAUGAUUAUGUUGGGCCCUGUAAUUUACUAGUUGAAUUAUUAAACGAUCGACCUUACUUUAUACUGGUGAGGGGCCUGACCAGUGGAGUGUGUUAUUUAUAAAUUUGAAUUGUUUGAAAAAGGAAUUGAGUAAUUUAUUCCCAGAAUAGAGCAGUUUAAUUAUGUGUAUCUCUCUUCCUAUUUAAAAAAAAAAUCCCUUUAGACAACAAGAAUCCAAACUAAAGAGCACAAUCUGCUGAUCACCUAGAAAGAAUAUGGAGAGUGAAAAUCUGAUGACUUUGUCCACAUCUUCACUUGGUCAGCAUUGCAUUUGCAAAGCAAGCUCACGCCCUAAAAUUAAUGGAUGCAUGCACAUCUCUAUACAAAUUACUUAUUUAUCAAUAUCAAUAUAUCACACGACAAUAAUAACUUAAAAUUUGUUAUAAUCCUGGACGUUAAAACAUUAGUGAUAUGUUUCAAAUCAUCAACAAAAUUAUAACCAUGUUCCGACAUAAGUUAAAUAGAUGAAUUGUAGCUUUACUUGUACGAUCGAGGAGUUCAAAACAUUAGAAUACAAAGCUCUAAUCUUCAUUAUAGAUUCAAACACAUUGUUGUACCACGUUCACUUAUGUUUUUUCCCCCGUUUUUUCAUUUAUAUUUGGCAAAUGUACACUAAUUCGACUAUAAAUCACCCGCAAUUCAGACAAUAACCACUCCAAGCAGCGCGACAACAACUGGAUAGCAUAUUUUCUAAUUAAUUGUUAACCUCAAAGUUCGACCAAUGUAAAUAUUAUUAUCUCAUGUUAUCAUUAUUGGACCCUCUCUGGAGUUAGAGAUGCUGCUUUUUUAUAACUAAUCUCUGAAAUUUCUAAGUUUGAAAACUUUUGCCGCUAAAUUAAACAUUAAUUUGGAGACAAAUAUUCUCCCACGCAUGAUUAGGUUAAGAAAAAAAAUAUGAAGAAGAAGGGUAAGGAAGUGAGGAUUUGAUUCCAAUUCUUUUAAUCGUCUCUCUCCAUCUCCUUCUCUCUCUUUCCACUCACUCUCUCUCUCUCUCUCUCUCUCUCUCUCUCUCCUCCUUCUUUCUCAGAUGGCAACACAUACACAGAAACACAACCCAUAAAGCAAAGUGAUGGCCUGCAUAAACUUCCACUACACAGCUCAAAGAAACUAAAAGCUGGACAAAAGCAAAAAAGCAUAACCCUUCCCCCACCACUGCAAACUUUAUUUCCCCAUAACCUUUUAAAUUCCUACUUUUUGAUUCUCAGCCACUGAUCUCCUUCCUUCCCCCAUGUUCUUCCUCUGAACCAGCCACCACCAGCAGCAGUAGCAGAAGAUCAAGCAGCUAGCUUCCCAGUUUCCCCCAGUCAAUAAUCAUUCUUGGGUUUCCAUAUCUAGCUAGAGCUUAACUAGACCGCAAUUUAGCCUCCAUGGAUACAGCCCAGUGGCCGCAGGAGAUUGUGGUGAAGCCAUUAGAAGACAUAGUAACUACUCAAAGGCCUGGAGGGUUAACACCAACUUCAUCAGGAGGAGGUGGUGGAGGGAGCUUGGAGAGGAAAGCAAGGCCGCAAAAGGAGCAAGCUUUGAACUGUCCAAGGUGCAACUCGACCAACACCAAGUUCUGCUACUACAAUAACUACAGUCUCACGCAGCCAAGGUACUUCUGCAAGACCUGCAGAAGGUAUUGGACUGAAGGCGGCUCGUUGAGAAACAUCCCCGUGGGAGGCGGAUCCAGGAAGAACAAGAGACCUUCUUCCUCUUCUUCUUCUUCUUCACUUCCCUCACCUGCCACGAAGAAACUCCCUGGUUUGAUUUCCUCUCCUGCUGCUGCUGGUAUUGCAACUACUACUAGUACAACAACAAGUAGUUCGCAAAACCCUAAUCCUGGUAAUCAUAAGUUGAUUCAGGAAGGCCAGGAUCUUAACUUGGCCUUCCCGAGGAGCUUCACGGAGUUGAUUCAUCAGAAUGGGAACCAUCAUCAUCAUCAUCAGAAUGAUGAGAACAAGAGUCAGAUUUCAGCCAUGGAGCUGCUAACAGGAAUCUCAUCGUCUAGGGGUGGAAUAUUGAAUAAUCCUAGCUUCAUGCACAUGGCACCACCACCACCAUCAUCACUUGUUCAUCAUCAUCAAGCUGCAGCUAAUCAUGGUGGGGGUUAUAAUGCAUCUGGGUUGAGUUUCCCGGUGCUGCAACAUCAGGAUCAUUUCAAGCCUAGCGGCUUGAGUUUCUCACUGGAUGGGAUUGAGCUUGGGAUCAGCAGUGAUCAUCAUAAUGAGAGUGGUAAUGGGUAUCAUCAUCAUAAUGAUCAUGAAGGUGGUGGUGGAGGGAGGCCCAUGUUUUCGUUUGAGGAUCUGAAGCAAGUGCCGAGCAGCAACACUAAUGAUAGUAAUGGUGGGGAGAUGGUGAGCAGUGGUAAUGGUAAAGAUCAGCAUGCAGAUUCGAGUGGGUACUGGACUGGGAUGUUAGGGGGUGGAUCCUGGUGACUUUUACUUAAUCAAAGCCGAGAUUUACAGUCCUUUUGCUUACCCUUUUUGUUUUUCUUUCUCUUUUCUUUUGGGCUGAGAGAGAAGGAAGUAGAGAGAGGGGGGAAGGGAGAUUCUCCACUUUCUGUGUAUUGAAAUUUCUUGCUUUGAGGUGGGUGGGUGAUGAUGACGACUUUGGUUGGGAAUUCCUUCAUUAGUAUUAUUAUUAUUAUUACUAACAGAAGAUAGGAGGAGAUGGGGGAUAUAUAUAUAUACAAUUGGGUUUUGUUUUAUUUUUCUUUUUGGUUUGAUUUUUAUCAUAUGAUGAUGAUAUGGAUCAGUUUGAGUUUGGAUUGGCCAUUCAUUAAUCCCAAGUUUGAGGCUUUUUUUUUGUAAUUUACAUAUGUGUAGUUUAUAAAUCCCAAGUAAUUACUUCCUAUUGCUCAUGGUCUUGGUGAUGAUGAUGAAGCUUUGAAGUUUCAAGGAAUUUAGCUUCAUUUUAACAAGGAUCAUCAAAGAAGAAAGAAGAAGAGCUCAUGAUGAGGUAGCAGUGGGAAAGAAGCUACAGAGAUCAUCAAUGGUGGGAAAGUAAAACAAAGUAUGAGAAAAGAGCAAGAUAGAGAAGAAGAAAAAGCUCUAGCUUUGAUAAUUGAUAUAGGGAGUUAUUUGGUCGUGAAAAAGAAGAACAGGGUUGCUGGGAUGAAAGAAAGAUCUGACAGACGCUUUACUUGGGGACCCGCGAAAAACAUUCUCCUCGGGGAGUGUGUCUGUGACUGUGAGGAGAAGAAGGAAGAGAAUCAUUCACUCUCAAACCCGACCCGACCCACGCCCACUUUCCCCCACUACUGCUCCGUUCCGUUGUAACGUUCCUUCCUACUUCCACCACGUUUGUGAAGAUAUGGUCGCCACAGACAAUCGAUCUACAGAAUACAUAUUGGUGUUGGUACUGUACAUGCAUUCGUUCCACUGUUGUAAAGCACUUUCUCUCUGGUCUUUCUAUCUGCAAAAGAAAGACUUAUAUACACACAUCCAUCAUUCUAGAGAGAGAGAGAGGAAUGAAUGAGCUAGGGCCUAGAGGUGUGUGUUGAAUGGUGAAUUAUGGUGUGGGUUGGGUUGGGGUUGGUGGGUGUUAGUUCUGCUGCUGCUGCUGCUACCAGGACCAAGGUCUAUCUACAUUAGUCAUAAUAUCAAACGCUUGCUAUAUAUCUAGCUAACUAGUAAAAACCCUACAUUAUUGUUUUAUAAUAGAACGUACGUAUUCAUGCAUGUAAUGUGCAAGUUAAGAGUAUACCACUCUUUCUUCUUAUAGGCCAAUUACAUAAAUUGGUCAUUUAUGUAUCUUAUCACCCCAAUUCCCCCACCAAAUUUUGUAUGAGUACCUUUUUUUUUUUUACUUCUUUGAUAUUACUCAUAGAGUUUAUCUCUAAUUUUGUAUCGCAACCAUAACCAAGUUUAUCCGAUACUUUGAGCCUUCUUCUUUUCGAGAAGUCAUUCAGAUCUAAGUUGGGUCAAGAAAUCGUACUUCGACAGUCUUUUAAGAAGAGAUUGAGUGUUUCCUGCGUGAGUUAAAGUGUCCCACGCACAUAGUCUAAAUUCGACUAGUAAUCGGACAUCCAAAGUUUCCACCUCCGAGGAGAUACUAAAUCCUCAAUAGAGACUAGAGAGGUUGAAUGGAUCCCCUGAUCCUUCGACCAAAGUCCUCAGUACUAGAGGCGUCGGCGAAUCCAAGGUGAGGAUCGCGACCUGGCCAAAGGGAGUAAGAGCACUUCACCAAGUGAAAUCAUACAGCAAUCAAUGGUACUCCACAUUCUGAUCAAGCGAAAGAAACCUUCACCAGAAGAAGGUAUCCCAACAAGAUGGAGUUUGAAGUCUAGAGAAUAGAAUGUUUUUGAAGGAUGUCGUAACCAAUUCCGCAUUAUGUGUAUAGGUACAUAUUCACUUCCAUGACGGGGAAAAAGAAGAAACAAAAGAGAUAUUUUCAGUACUUUUUCUUUUCUUUCUGGUUCGUGUCUGUACAGGGACAUCUUCCCUCCCAUUACAUCAGACUGCAGUCAAAACGAUGAUUCAACCAACCUACUUACUAAAGUGAAAAUUCCACAGAAUGGUAUGAUCCAUGAUGCUGAACCAUGUUUCGGCCGCCUUGUCAAAUUUGCGCGUCAGAAAUCCCCAUUGAUCCCGAAUAUGCGGACUUUGUGCAUGUGAGGGAACUUGGCCACUACCAGAACAAAGACAGCCAGCGUGUUGAAGAACAACAUUGGAUUUUGGUAGUCUGUUGUGUGUGAUGCUAUUAGGUACCUGCAAGAUGGAAGAAGAACAUUGGAUUUUGGUAGUCUGUUGUAAGAGAAGGAUCACAAUCUUAUGUUUGAUUCUGAGCAACAGCAGUUCAAUGCCAAAUACAUUCUUGCACAAAUCCAAUUUUCAUAGAGAAACACAAAAAAGAUGAGGGUUGUAGAAGACAAAAUUCCUUUCUGACCAUCAGUCGCCCUGAAAAAGCAAAUAAGCCAUGAAAACGAAC